AGCUUUUUGAGCGCAUUUUCCAGGUAAGGUGCAUCGCGGUUUUGGUCGUUAUUCGCCCUUUAAAUAUUUGCGAGUUGCAAUUAUCUGUUUGGAAAACAUUUCGGGGAUGUUCCGGCGCUCAGAAGCGCCGACACUGUACUUCUUGUAAAUAGCAAGUGUACAUAGAAGAAUAGAGCAAGAUGAGCUCUGUUAGCAGAGCCGGCCCUCGGGGCGGCAAAGGUGCUGCCAAACCAUCUGCUGGCGAAUCAACUCCAUCAAACAAAGCACAGAAGACAGAUAACACAAAGACAGACACACCAAAAACUUCAGACAACACUCCCAAGGCAACUGCAGAACAAAUGAGACUUGCGCAAAUAAUUGACACCCGAUCUGAAGACCCUGACAUGAAGAAUAAAAUCAAGCAGGUGAUGGACGCCACUCGCAAGUCUGAGGACGAGGUGUGCACCGCCUUGCACGACUGUGACAACGAUCUUGACAGGGCUGUCAACAUGCUGCUUGAGGGCUCUGGAACUGGUGAGUGGGAAACAUCUGGAAAAAAGAAGAAGACUCGCAAUCAAGUAGGUGCUGUCUCGUCAUCUCGCGGAGAAAAGUCUGAAGGUGCAGCCAGGGACUGCAGUGAGCCUGGGGAGUCUGCGGCCGACCGAGAACGAUCUCGCACAAGGGGAGGUCCUCCCCGAAUGCGGGGCCGUGGCUCAUCGGACAGCAGAGGCUGGCGUGGAAGAGAAAACAAAGAAAAUGAGAAAAACCUGCAGGAAGAGGGAACCAAGGGGGAGGCGGCAGUGAGAAGAGGUGUGGGCAGGAUGUCUAACGGCCCCGGAAGAUCUGGUAGAGGAGGGAGGGGUGGAGGUCGAUCAGGACCUCGAACCUUCCAAGGCAGAGGAGAGAAGAGUGGCUUCCCUAAGUCCAUAGAAACUUGGGAUCCUAACGGGGACAACGAGCCUGAGACUAAUGCCAAUGGUGCUGAUUAUGGCAUGGGUGAGUGGAAUGACAGCUUUCCUGUUACUGAAGACUGGGACAACGAGGAGUACACUGGUUCACUGGCUGACACAAAAGUGUUCACUCCAAGCGCGGUGGUGCAGAGGCCUUCGGCUGCAGAGGUUGUCGAGGCCAUGGAUCGGGAACUUGCGGCUGCGGCCAAAGGCUUGUCGGGGCCGACCAGUAGCCUUGACACAGCAGCUAGCAUGCUACCUCAGUCUUUGACCUCAGCCCAGGCCAGCAAGAGUCUGACACCAGCACAAUCUCAAUACUUCUCUCAACUGACGCAAGCGGCCGCAGCUUCGGAAACCCUCAAGGCGGUUGUGGGCGUUGGCGGGUCUUCCAACGGACCCAAGGAACCGAUCUCGUACGUCUCUGCUGUCAAUUCUGGAGGCUAUGCAGCAACCGCUGGCAAUUAUCAAUCAUCAAGCCCGGCAUCCUACUCGGCCACGGCUUCUUAUUCGGCAACAGCCUAUGGCGGUCAAAACCCGAGUUACAGCAGCCAAAUCAAGAGUUCUUCGCAGGCGUUGCCCCAUCAGCAGAAGCAAGCCUCGCAAUCACAAAACCUCCAAUCCAGACCAAAGGUGCAGCGACCAAGGCUGCCGCCGCCUUCCAAGAUUCCAUCCUCGGCUGUGGAGAUGCCUGGUGAUGCAACAACAACCUCUGCGUUGGACGUACAGUUUGGAGGACUCGAGUUCGGCAGUGACUCAAACUCGUUUGAGUUUUCAAAGAAUGCACCUGAGCCUACUUCCAAGUACAAAACCUCAGCUGACCUUAAACAAGGUUCCGGUGGCGCAGGGCCUCCUCUUGAUCUAAGCAGCAUGAGCAUUAACAAGAGCCAGCAGGCCCAGGAUAACAUGGCUGCUUAUGCAAGCUCUGCCCAGACUGCCUCUGCUAAGGACUUGGGCCAGGCCAACCUUACAGCCGUUAUCUCUCACAGUCAGAAGUUGGGAGGAACUGAUUCCAUGACAUUCCCUGCACAAGUUAACGAUCAUAAGGCGCAGCAACAGGUCGGAUCGUCGUAUCGGGCACCUGUGAGCUCAACCGGCAUUGAGUCUGCCAAGUCUGACAACCUCGCUUACUCAAGCAGCACUAACUCUAGUUCCACCUACCAAAGCUCGUACCAGAAGUCCUACCAGUCCGGGUCCAGCUACCCUUCCACCGGAGGCUCGACUGGGUACUCAUCGCAAGGUUCUUCGGCCCAGUACCCAAGUGGGCAGUCCCAGAACCAGUCGUACUCUAGUAGCAACCAAUCUGGCUACAGUGGCAACCAAUCGUUCCCCUCGUCAGGGGCGCCAACUUCGACCUACAAUCAGACCAGCAGCACGAGCACAUACCACCAGGCAGGUAGCGGUAACUACCAGGCGUACCCCUCUGUGGGGCAGAAUGUGUCGGCUGCUUCUUCGUCCACCUACAACCAACAGUACCCUCAGAACUACAUCACUUCUGGUUCCGGAACUGCAUACACUGCAGCCAGCAGCACCCAAUACCCUGGAAGCUACGGUAGCAAUGGACCAACCACCACCACCUCAUCCUUGCACAGCGCCAGUUCAGUCAGUGCCAGCAAGAUAGGGUCGAGCAUCUCCUCUUCAAAGGACGCUCAGUUUGACACCCCUAGCAGUGGUACCAAUUCGAGCUCAACAAUACAAGGAUCUGCAGCACAGACCUCUCUUGGUCUCACUACAGGUCAGAGCAACACCGCUAGCACUAAAGUCACAAGUUCAACUGCAGGAGUUCCGCCUACCAUGCUGAGUCAUCAGCAGUACAUCAUGGGCCAGGGUCAGGUGCCAUACUUUAACAUGCAGCAACCAAUAUACAGCUUCGAUGACUUCCAACACCAAAUGAUGUCAUCUCGGGUACCAAUGCAAACGCCUAGUGGCUACUACGACAUCAGUAGUCUAGGACGAGACAGUGGCAUGACCAGUGUGGCUUAUUCAGUGUCAGGGGACGGUCGGUACACGAGAACUGACAACAAUUCCAGCCCAGUUUCUUCAACACUCUCGCAACAACAGAAUCCCACCCCAACCCACCAACAGCCGAUGCUCAACCCAACAACGCUGCCGCCUGGCUAUGCUUACUUCUACGGAACCAACGUCGUACCUGGAAGCUUCCAAUACAGCGCUCCCCUUUACCCGAUGCCAACUGCUGCCACAAAUGCGCAUGCAGCCUCCAACAGCACUCAGUAUGCCAAGCCAGCCGGCUACACAGGCUUUGGAACUAGCUACGACAGUUUGACUGGACAGGGUGCUGCUGACUACAGCAAGAGCAGCAGUGCAUACGUGUCUGCCAGCAGUCAGGGUGGACAGACUGGCAAGGGCAGCGUUGUUGGCAGCGGCGGUUCUUCGGGCUCAGCCACAGGCUCAGGAUCAGACAUAGCGUCCAACAUGUAUGGCAAGCCGCAUGUCGCCCUCGGCAAAGUCAAUUCUUACGAUAAGCAAGGCUAUUCUGCUGCACAGCCCUUCAACUUGCCGGCUUCUCAGACAGGCCAGAUCGGAGCGACUGCAACAGCCCAGUUUGCUCCUCUCUUCAUUCCAGCAAUGCCUCAGCAGAUGCAUCAGCCGCUGCACCAGAUGGAGUAUAGGAACCAGGCCAGACGCUCGGAUUCCGUCAGUGGUUCCGGACAGCGUUCGCAGACAAGUUCUCAGCAGAGCAAGAAUAGCGUCAAGCAGGGAUACAACACAUCUUUCUGGCCUCAGAACUAAAAUAACAGACAGACAGACAGAUUCUUCUCUUCUUUCUUAUUUUGUACUUGUAUGUAAUGGUUGCCACUCACACACAUAGAGACAAGACACACAUCAAAAUCAUCAAGAUUUUUGCAUUAACCAGUCCGUGCAGACUGAUUUAUAUAGAAUGAUUUUUGUUAUACUACAAUUACGGGGCAAAGUUUGCCUUGGUUAAUUAGUAGUGACAAUUAUUGCAAGUGAACCAAAAUAAAUUAAUCAUUUGGGGUUGCGUGCAAUGUGGAUAUUGCUUUUGAAACGCAACGUUCGUUCAGUUAAGUUACUUAUUAUAUGGCUUUGUGGCUGUUUAUCAAAUUAAUCCUCACUCCCACAUCCCUUAAGUUUGAAAGGAUAGGGGUCACAAAGAAAGCAUAAAUUAAUUGAUGACUAUGAUGUGAAUAGUUUUUCCUGUAGCUGGUAAUUAUUGUGUAAACUUAACUGUAUUCUAGUAUUAUUAAAAUCAAUUUCAACUAAA